UUUGAGAAAUAGGAGGGGCUUCAAAACGACUAGAAAUGUCAAUCUGAGCAACGAGUCCCAAUAAUCUAAAGCAAUCUGUAAGGACCUGACCUUAGUCCGUCCAGAUCAAUAGGGAAGAGAAGGUGGCGAGCGGCAUCGGAUCGUUUACACUGGGCUGUUUUCCGAGGAGAUAUAGACUUCCCUUCGACUUUGGUGCGCGUAAAGUGGAUACCUCGGCGACCCAACGCUUCACCGUGUGAUUGUAGCAGACUUUUUUCUACCACCAUGUCUUUCCCGCAGCUGGGAUAUCAGUACAUCCGCCCGAUAUACCCGCCGGAGCGCCAGGGGAUCGGCGGUGGCGGUGCCCGGGCCGGGACGGAGCUCAGCCCGUCCGGAGCUCUGUCCAACGUCCUGUCCACUAUGUACGGAUCGCCUUUCGCCGCCGCCGCGCAGGGCUAUGGAGCGUUUCUGCCCUACUCCAACGAAAUAUCCAUUUUCAAUCAAUUGGGUGCUCAGUACGAGCUGAAGGACAGCCCGGGCGUCCAACACCCAGGGUUCGCCCACCACCAUCCAGCUUUCUACCCCUACGGCCAGUACCAGUUUGGCGACCCGUCGAGACCAAAGAACGCGACCCGGGAGAGUACGAGUACCCUGAAGGCCUGGCUCAGCGAGCACCGCAAGAACCCCUACCCCACCAAGGGCGAGAAGAUCAUGCUGGCCAUCAUCACCAAGAUGACCCUCACGCAGGUUUCCACCUGGUUCGCCAACGCCAGGAGGAGGCUAAAGAAAGAGAACAAGAUGACCUGGACCCCCAGGAGCCGCACGGAUGAGGAGGGGAAUGUUUACAACAGCGACCAUGAAGGAGACGAAGGGGACAAGCGGGAGGACGAGGAGGAGAUCGAUCUGGAGAACAUCGACACGGAGAAUAUCGAGAAUAAGGACGAUUUGGACGACCAGGACGAUCUGAACUCCGAUAAUAAAUUAGACGGCAGGAGUGACUCUGAAAUUUCUGACGGCUAUGAGGAUUUACCAGGGCCCGACCCGAGGUUCAUUAAAGCCGUGGGGAAAGAGGGCAAAGAGAUCCACGUGGAAAGGGGCGAGCACUUGCACAACCACCAUCAUCACCAUCACACUUUUGAAAUUAAAGCGUCGGAGCCCAGUGGGGAACCGCUGAAAGUUAACCCGGCGUCCGUCAACUCCCCGCCCUCAGAGAACAGCGCCAAUGCCCCGACCCAGAAACCCAAAAUCUGGUCUUUGGCAGAAACUGCUACAGCCCCUGACAAUCCGCGCAAAUCUCCUCAGAUGAACGGCAGCUCGGUGCAUGGCCCGUCCGCUCAGACUCUCCUCACUCCGCACAGACUAAUUUCUUGUCCUGUUGGGAAAAUCCAGAACUGGACGAACCGAGCUUUCUCAGCCCACCAGUUGGCGUUACUGAACUCAAACCAUUACCUCGGACUGGCGAACCAGGCCAACGGCCUCGCCCUGUACAGCAGGCAAACAGAAGACAAGAACCAUAGCUCAGAAACCACAGGCACAGGUACAUGUCCCCGACACUGAGACUCCGCAGCAUGUCACCAUAUCUCCGGUGCGCCUAUCCGUUGCUAUUAUUAUUAUUAAUUUUAUUAUUAUUUCAAACCCUUUUUUUGACCUCUUUAUUAGCCUACUACUAUUCACCGGUGAACACAGACAUAUGUUCGAGGCCAAACAGGGAGCAUACGAGUGUGUGUUUGUGUGUGUGUGUGCGUGUGUGUGUGUGUGUGUGUGUGUGUGUGUGUGUGUGUGUGUGUGUGUGUGUGUGUGUGUGUGUGUGUGUGUGUGUGUGUGUGUGUGUGUGUGUGUGUGUGUGUGUGUUUGUGCGUGUGCUUGUGCGUGUGUGUUUUAGUGUGUAUCCAAUGUAAUACCCACGUGAUAGAAAAUACUAAAGGUGUGUGAAUGAUUUGAAUUGAGCGAAUCAAAUAAUAGUUUUGGAACCGAGUGCUGAGCGCCUUCUGAAAGGCUGUACAUAGGCAGUCAAAUCCUCACAUGUUUCGAUGGUUGCCUCCAUUAUUGUUUUUAUUCUCUUUUUGUUACUGAAGGCCGAGGCGCAUGUAGCCUAUAUUCAAAAGGCUUGAUCUCUCACACCAACUUUUCUUUUUAAACCAAACUCUCUGCAUCCGUAUUGGAUUUCCUUAAUAUAUAUUUAAAUUAAUGCUUUUUCAAGGAUGUUUAAGUACCAUUAUUUCAGAGAGAUCAUGUGCCUUCAAAGCAGAUAAUUAAAAUGGCUAUCAAAAAAACAAUUGCAGCCCCAGUUCAAACGACGAUAAGAGGCUGCCACUGGGAAAUUAUCCUUUUUAAAUACCAUAUCAUAUUUAUAUUUGUGAAAUUCGACAUGCAGUUAAUUUAGUUGUUUUUUUUUCUGCGCUUGAAGACGCGACUUGCAUCCUUGUUAUGGGCUUCGUCCAGGGCCUCUGCUAUUUACAUAUAUGCUCAUGCAAAUGAGCAAAAUUCAAAUCCACCACACAAUCACCAAGGCUUGUUUUUGGAAAGCAAUCGUCACUUUUAUAUCACGUUCUGUUUAGGCUCUUCAUGAAGUUACUAAUAGUUGUUUUAUAGGACAGGCCAACUAAAUUGUUUUGGGCCUGUGAACCAUGAGUUCAGAGGCGUUCUCCCCUAGGCUUUCUCCUCUUAGUUUUCAUUUAAAUCUUUUGUAUGGAAUGUUAAAUAAGAAUACUACAUCUCUGUAUAAUUACAUUGUAAGCAUGUCCUGUGUAAAACUGCUAAUGUAAUAAUGUAAAAACCUGUAGUCUGUGCGUUUUCUUUUCUUUUUUUUCUUCUUAUUUUUUGUAAGUUCUGUGAGGAUUUGAUGUUAAUGUUUUGUAUAUAAAGUUAAGAAAAUGUACAUACUUGUGAACCAAAUUGUACAAGAAAGUCUAUAUUUUGGCUAAUAAAUGAACAGCUGCAACUUUAAAGAACUGGUUUACCUUUGGCCGAAGUAUUUCUCAUUUAAUGACGUGAUUUAUUCAGCAUUGGCAUGAUAAAUGUGUCGCGCGGUGGGGCUUUUUCAGGCUGUUGCUGUUGUGGAAUCAGAGAUUAGCUCUACACGCUACAGAGUCCAACGUGGCAAAAUGUUCAGGCACAUUUCCAGGCUAUUCCGAUCGGGAUUGAAGGUGUUGUUUUAUAAUUUAAAUAAUUAAAAGUGCAACAGCGCAGUGCCAUGACGACGCCUAAUUGUGUAUUAGGACGGCGCGUUUUAAACACACUUCUCUGCGGCUAAAAUUUGACUUUUUGUAAUAUUUAUAGUAAAUGAAAGUAGCCUACUAUCGGAAAUCCAGUGGUGCGUGGUCUGGCAACGGUACAGUGGUUCAGUCUUGCUCUGCAACGUGCUCUUAUACGAUGUAGGCCUAAAAUGGGCAAUGAAACGCAGUGGUGUCAACUCGGUUUAACGUCUGUUUCCCUGCAUAAACAAAUACAGUUCGGCCAUUCGUUUGUUUAAAAAAAACAUUUAGUUUGUGUAUCCCUGAAAGGAUCACUUUGAACAGUUCUGAUCAGAGGUGUAUGUAAAUCUGGUGCUGCAGCUCCCUCUACAGUCGAGUCCAGCCGGCCAUGCUGUGCAGUGCUCGUUAAGAGGCCGGGCCUCGUCGAGUCCGCACUAUUCUGAAUAUAAAGAACACAUAAAGCACAUUUCGAUGAUACAAUUUAGCCUUGUAAAUGUAAUAAUACAUCCUGCAAAUUUAAACAUGCUUUAAGAUACGUUUCACACACGCACAGAUGGGAAACUGUAAUGUUUGGUAAAAUAGCAAUUGCAAAAACUGAAAUUAAAUUGUUAUAAUUACAUAGAAAAUACAAAAUAUUAAUCAGUGCACCUCUGAUGGCAAGUAAAAUAUUUUUUAAAUAGCUGUAGGCCUACUUUCUAUACAAGUAGCCUACCCGAAUGUUUAUAGAAAUCUUUUGAACAGGGAUUAAUCUAAAUAAGUUAAGUAGACAAUUGAAGCAUAUUCUGUUUUGCAUUGUUGGUAAAUACGAAACUCAUUUUUAUUAAAUGCAAAUAAUUAAAUAUUUCAGCAGAAAUUUGACAGGCUGAAAUAUAAUGGGCUCUAAAAAGGUGUUCACUAUUGUCACCCGUUACUUCUGUUUCAUUAAUUCGUUUUUGAAUCCUUAUUUGAUUAUCGGGAAAAUAACAACAGAACGAACAGGAUACGAUGCU